AUGCCCGGCCGGACGCUGGCGCUCCUCAGUUUUUCCACUCGCCGGCCCAAAAAUCCCGCCGCGCCCGACGUGCGCCCCGAGGAGGAAGGCUCGGAGGAGGAGGAGGAGGAGGAGGAGGAGGAGGAGGGAGGCUGCGGCGCCCGGCACCCCGCGGCGCGCGUCGUCGCCGGCGAGGAGGCCCAGCCCCACGCCUGGCCCUGGCAGGUCUCGCUGCAGUACGAGCGCAACGGCACCUUCCGGCACACGUGCGGCGGCACCCUCGUGGCGCCCGGCUGGGUGAUGACGGCCGCCCACUGCAUCUCCUCCUCGCUCACCUACGAGGUGGUGCUGGGCGAGCACGACCUAGCCGUGGACGAGGGCGCUGAGCAGCGCAUCCCGGUGCACAGCGCCGACAUCUUCGUGCACCCCAAGUGGAGAAGCUUCUGCGUGGCCUGCGGCAAUGACAUCGCCCUGCUGAAGCUGUCGCGCGCCGCCGAGCUGGACGGCAGCGUGCAGCCGGGCCGGCUGCCGCCCGCCGGGCAGGUCCUGCCCGACGGCUACCCCUGCUACCUGAGCGGCUGGGGGCGCCUCGCCACCGGGGGGCCGCUGCCGGAGCGGCUGCAGCAGGCGCUGCUGCCGGUGGUGGGCCGCGAGCGCUGCACGCAGCCCGACUGGUGGGGCGGCCUCUCCAUCCGGCGCACCAUGGUCUGCGCCGGCGGCGGCGAGGCGGCCGGCUGCAACGGCGACUCGGGCGGCCCGUUGAGCUGCCAGGCGGCCGACGGGCGCUGGGAGGUGCACGGCGUCGCCAGCUUCGUCUCCUCGCUGGGCUGCAACGCGCCCCGGAAACCCACCGUCUUCACCCGCGUCUCCGCCUUCGAGGACUGGAUCGGCGAGACCAUGAGCAGCAACUGA